AUGCCUGCGCCUCGGAGGUUCCUUGUUGCGUCCACCACUCUGCCCCUGGCUCUGGGCUGGGGCUGGAACAUCAGCCUCUACCUGGGCAUCCUGUUCGGACUGCUGAGCCUCAUGCUGCUGCUGCUGUGGAUGCUCAUGAAGCAGCUGAGGAACUCCGUGUCCAAGUCCUCUCUGCAGCCGACGCGCUCCUUCAGACAGCCGCCCUCUGACCACAGGCUCCAGCGCGUCCAAGGUGGUUCUGGAGCCGAGGGGGACGUGAUGAAAACGAAUGGCCGCACAUCAGAGGCUCUGAAGGACCAGACUGGAGUCCUUUAA